AUCACGGCGAAGGCGGCGGGUGAGCAGUGAGGAGCCGUGCACCAUAUUAUUUUAUACGUUAAUUAUUUUGAUAGUUUCUCUCGUCCAAUGGAGGCCGCGGUGUUGAAGCCCCGAAUAACGGCGGAGGGCAGCUGUGGCGUCGUGAACGCGGAGAUAGAGGUGAAGAAGCUGCAGGAGCUCGUGAGGAAGCUCGAGCGGCAGAACGAGCAGCUGAGGACGCGCGCGCACGCCGUGAACACGCUCGCGAGCCCCCGUUCUCUGCCGUCGCCGCCACCUCCGCUGUCCCUCUUCUCUUCCACCGGCGCUGGAGGCUGCUGCUCCGGCCUUGGCUUCUCCAUCCACUCCGCCCUGCCCCCGUGCUGCGCGCCCGAGGAGCCUUUCCCGUAUUUCCAGCCGCACUCCGCCGCUGACACUGCGGAGGAGGCGGAGCAUGACACGGGUCUGCCGUCUGAGCCCACCGUGCUGGACGAGAUGGAGUUACUGGACCUGGAUUCCAUUUUCCAGUGCAACCAGGAGUCAGAUGAAACCUGGCUUUAUUCUUCCUCCAAGUCUUGUUCGUGGUCUGGUGGAGGUCUAACCCCUCUGCAGUGGUGCAGGCAUGUGCUCGACCAUCCUCAACCAGAGGCAGAAGCAACUAAGCGAUCACUAUGUCAGAGACUUGAGUCAGUUAAUAGAUGGAGGGGUGUAUUCUCCUCCUCGUCCCCGUCCUCUCCUGCUUUCCCUCACAGCCGUGUAGUUGGAGUUCCCCCUCUCUGCACCUCUUCAACCUCCAAAUCCUGCUCCACUCCAGCACCAAGCACUUCUGCCUGUGAGAAACCAGCUUCAUCUACUCCCUCAUCCCUUCAUCCCUCUCUCCUUUCCACCCUGACCCCAAUUGGAAAGGACCGCUCUCCUCAAGCUGAGAGAACUCCCACUUUCCUCUAUCACCCAGCCAGUCGCAGUCGCAGUCUGCGGCGCGCUCCCUUCAGCACGCAGUCAUCUCUGGACAGUGAGCUGAGUGCCUCUGAGCUUGAGGAUGACUCCAUCUCUCUGGGAUACAAGUUGCAGGACCUCACUGAUGUGCAAGUGAUGGCUCGACUCCAGGAGGAGAGUCUCCGCCAGGACUAUGCCACAACCUCGGCUUCCUCCUGUGUGAACAGCCGCCGCAGCGCCAGCUUCUCCUUUCAGUUUGGACAGCGGGGCGAGUGCAAUUUAGAGGAAGAGGAUGACGAUGAUGAAGAUUAUGGCCAGCUGCCUCCGCCGCAGCCCCGUCUGACCCGGACUGGACCUUUACAGUGCGGGCUGCCUCAUUCACAAACGUUCACCAGCAUCAGAGACUGGCGUCUGAGCGCCCCCUCCACUCCAUCCACCCCUUCCACCCCCACCACCCUUCCCUUCCAGACCCCAGCCAGCCUCAGCACACCUGCUUAUACACCUGAGCAGCCCAGCCUCAGAGCCAGCUCAGUCGAGUAUGAGAAUAAACUGAGGAGGAGCAUGCCCAACCUGGUGAGGGCUCCCAGCAUGCCAAGUGUGCCAAGUCCAGCCAAUCACACGGGUUCUCCUACGUCCAUCCGGAAUAGUCAAAGCUUUGACUCCUCCAGUGGACUUGCAAGACUACAGUCCUCCAUUCCUUCUCCAGGGCAGCUCCAGAAUCGGGUCCAAAGUGUUGGAAACUUCCCAUUGUCUUCACGCCAACCACUUAAGGCCACUGCUUAUGUUAGCCCCACUAUUAAAGGGCCCUCCACCAUGACGACAUCAGCCAGUUCACAGUCACUGCCCAGCAGUGGCAUUCCAUUGCCCAGCAAAGGAGGCAGUAUUCAGACGCCUGGCCGCAGCGGCCUCCCACGCCCUGCAUCAUUUAUAGGGAGCAGCUCCACUCCUCGGAGCAAGCUCACUCAACCCGUGCGAAGUUUGUUGACACCACCAAAGAGCCUGGCAACCCUCAGUGCCCUUCGGGAUUCAAACUGGCGAGAUGGCUGUUACUAACGGGUCAAGUAUUGUGCAGGCCGACAGGACAGGGGAGACGAGGGAGCACCCUGCUGGCUGGGGCUGCUCACUACAUCACUAAGUGUUCUUGCCGGGUGGGCUGGGAGGGGGAAUGACUUUAUGACUGCAUUCAUAUCUGUGAAUGGAUAAUGAGUUUAAUCCCGGAGUUUUGCCUCUGUUCUGCUUGCUUUCAAAGCUCUGUAUGCAAAAAA